ACUUACUUGCACCUGUUCUUCCCGCAACCCUUGCUAGCAACCGUUACAGGAUUCGUGGAAAGCAAAAAAGUCGUUGACGGUGAUAUUCCCCAGGCGGUAUUUCACUUCUGCCCCUUUGUCGCCAUGCGCUUUCUUCCCCUCUUCGCUGUUGCAACUUCUCAGGCAUAGACCCAUAGUAUUGACGCACUUUUUCGCUGAAGAGGCUGUCUAGCUACUCCUUGCAGGCUUCAACUAGCUGCCCGCACCAGAACCCCCCAAUCGCAUCAUAUCUCUAAUUAUCUAUCUCCGAGUGAUCUCCUGGCCCAACCACAGCUUCUCUCUACACAGUCUACAGAUGGCCUCGCAAAUACCCCCAUCAGCUCCAGAUCCCUCAAAUACCACUUUAAAGCCCACAGACCGGCUCUCUGAUAUCCUUCCUCCCCUCAUCUUCGGAACUGCAACCUUCAACGGCCAGUAUAACCCUGAUCCUUACGCACUCGACACCACCGGUCUGGUUGAAUCUGCCCUGCAGCUUGGCGUCCGCGCAUUUGAUACCUCCCCCUACUAUGGCCCCUCGGAGCUGCUUCUGGGCACUGCCCUGAACACGCCCUUCGUCCUUGACAACUUCCCUCGCGAGGAGUACUUUAUCCUUACUAAAGUCGGUCGAAUCGCCGGCGACGAGUUUGACUAUUCGCCCGAAUGGGUUCAGCACAGCGUGAAGCGCAGCUGUGAGCGCCUGGGCACGGCAUACUUGGAUGUGGUAUACUGCCACGACGUCGAAUUCGUCUCCGAAGACGAAGUCCUCACAGCCGUCAAGGAGUUGCGCAGACUACGCGACACAGAAGCCCUGAUCCGCUAUGUCGGCAUCUCGGGCUACCCGCUCCCCGUCCUCGCACGCCUCGCAGAACGAAUCCUAGAGGAGACAGGUGAGCCACUCGAUAUUGUCCAAAGCUACGCAAACUUCACCCUGCAAAACACCACCCUCGCCGGCCCAGACGGCAUCGAGAGACUCAGCAAGGCGGGCGUGGACGUUGUUCCCAACGCGAGCGUGCUAGGCAUGGGCAUGCUCCGCCACUCGGGCGUGCCUGUCGGCGCAAUGGGCGACUGGCACCCGUCGCCCAACAAUCUGCGCCGUGCCGUGGCCCUCGCAUCCGAGUUCUGCGACCGGCACGGCGAGCGCCUCGAGGUUAUUGCCAUCCGGUACGCGCUCGAGAGCUGGCUGCGCAUCGGAUCGCGUGUGGGAUCGCGCGGCGACCCGGCGAGCGGAGUGCCGUUUACGCGCGAGAGUAAUGCGCAGGUCGGAGGCGCGAAGAUGGGCGUCAGUGUCAUGGGUGUGAGUAAUGAUGAUGAGCUGCAGAAGACGAUGCAGGUGUGGAGGAGUAUCCUGGAUGGGUUGGAGGAUGGGCGGGAGACGGCUGUCAAGGCGGGUAGGUGGGAGCGGGACCACGAGUGGAGCUUGAAUAGGAAGCGCGCGGUGCAGAUUCUGGCUGAGGGCGUGGGCGAGUGUCUGGAUGGCUGGCUGGAUUAUGUGUGGGAGAGUCCGGGUGAGGGGUUUGUGAAUAUGAGGGGGAAGAGGAAGGGCGGGGCUGAGGAGAAGGUUGCGGAAGAGGGAGUUGCACCAUGGCCGACGCCUGAUGCGAGUCCGGAGCCGGAGUCGAUGAAGAAGGUUGAGCAGACGCUACCAUUACGUGUUGGCUUGGAUGCGCAGGGUGACAGACCUGACCGUAGCUGAGAUGAGAUCUUGGGCUAGACCGACCGUUUAGAAGGCAUGGCGCUGUAUGCUGUUUGAUAUUAUGCGUUUACACAUAGAAGCGAAGCACAUGUCAAUGUUGGAUCAACACUACUACUCUUUUUCAAUCCAGAUCCGACCGUACACGAGAUAUGGCGGAUUCCAAAAGAGAGAUAUCCCGUAAUUCAUCCACCCAUCAAAAGACGCCCGAAGAACAAAUCCACCUAUAGCGGAUUCAAUCCCAACUCCUUCUCGAGCUUCUCCGCCUUUAUUGCCU